GCAGAAAGAAGCAAGUUAGAUGCUAAGUUGGUUUGUGCCCAACAUGGAGUGUUGUUGCAAGACUGGAUGACAUUCAAAACAACUGCUUUGGAGAAAAGAAACUGGACAAUGGUUAAGAUAGCCGAAGAGAAAUAUGAUCAUCUCAUGAUCAAAAUUAUCAACUCGUGCACAACAUCUGAUAUCUUGGAGGAAUUGACAACCCUUAUUUUUGACAAAGCUAUCCUUGAUCCCACCUUUUGCCCAAUGUACGCUAAGUUGUGCUCUGAUAUCUGUGACAAGCUGCCUACUUUUCAACCUACAGAGCCUGGGGCACGUAUUGUCUCAUUCAAAAAGGUUUUGUACAAUCUAUGUCAAUCAGUGUUCGAAGGAGCUGAAGAAAUAAAGGAGCUUAGAGUAUACCCGUCAGAUCAGAAGGAAAAAGAAAUGAUGUUGAAGCUCCAAACUCUAGGAAAUAUUCGUUUUAUUGGUGAGCUUCGAAAUCAGAAGGUGAUGUUAGAGAGGAUAGCUCACCACAUUAUUGUAGUGCUUUUGGGUGCUGAUGAGAAAAUUUGCCCACCGGAGGAAAAUGUUGAAGCUCUUUGCCUCUUUCUCAAAACUAUCGGCAAAAAACCUUUGAGGUCAAAAUGGAUCAAUUAUGCAUAUCUCAGUCAUUUAAAAACUGUGUCAAAUCAUCCUCAGUUGGUUACGCCACAGAAAUAUAUGAUUUGGGAGACCAUUAAUUAUUUGCGCUUUAAUGGGUGGCCUUAAAACAUCAUCAUAUAUAAUUACUAGGGUCGGCCCGCCCUACGGGCGGAAUUUGAUUUUUUUGUUAUUUUGGUUUGUAUAAUUGUUAUUCGAUCUUGUUGUUUGUGUAUCAAGAUGGUGAAUCAAAGUGGUAUGUGUAAAAAUGAUUUAUGUUUUUCAGUAUGGUUGAGGUCAAUGGUUUGAUCGGGGAGGAAUUAUAUGCGGAUUGAAUAAUUUAGUUUACUCAUGGAGUUAUGGUGGUUC